CCUGGCGGGGAACUGUGAAGCUUAUUGUGCAUUUUGAGCCAAAUGUCGGCGAUGUUUACUAAGAUGAUUACAGUAGGUCGUUGCUUUCUUUAAUCUGACACCCAAACCGACCAUGAAUGUUGAACACGCAGAUAAGCGGCAGUUAAAAUGAGCUAAAGGUUGUUCGGUUUAUCCUUUAAGAAACCAGCGCGAAGCUAAAGUUGUCAUUUCCUCCCAGUUCCAGGUCUGCCGCUAGCUAAACAAAGAUGAGCUCCUCUCGGGAAAUUAAACAGCUGCAGAGAGCAAAAAGCAAAGCUCAGGCUAACAGAAACUUGAAGGAAGAGGCUAACAUCUGCAACCAGCUCGGAGAAUUGCUGUCCAGGACUGGUGACUAUGAGGGCGCCAUUAGGGAACACCAACAGGAGCUGGCGCUCUCUGAAGCGCUGAAUGACGUGAUUGGACGGGCUGUAGCAAACCGCAAAAUAGGAGAGUGCUACGCUGAGACGGGGAAAAUCGAAGCCGCUUUAAAGCACCAACGUUGUCACCUGGACCUGGCCCGCUCUGUCGGAGAUCAUGCAGAGGAGCAGAGAGCGCUGGCCACCAUUGGCCGAACCUUCCUGUUCCGGUAUGAAUCCGACCAAUCAAAAAGCAGCUUAGAGCACGCUGAGGACGCUUUCAGGAAGAGUUUGGCUGUUGUGGAUGAACGACUAGGCGGGACGUUGCCUCAGCGAGAAAUCAGUGAGAUGAAGGCUCGCCUCUUCCUCAACUUGGGUCUGGUCUGUGACCAUCUGGGGGAGCCCAAACGCUGCAGCGAGUUCAUCCGGCGGAGCGUUUUCAUCGCAGAGAAGAGCCAGCUGCUGGAGGUUCUGUACCGGGCGAACUUCAACCUGGGCAACAUCUACUUCCGCAACGGCGAGCCGUCCAGCGCCGUCCGCUGCCUGGAGCAGGCCAAGGAGUGCGCCCGGAAAAUGAAGGACAAGUUCAGCGAGAGCGAGUGCUUCCACUGCGUCGGCAAGGUUCAGCUUUCUCUGGGCGACUUCGUGGCAGCCCGACGAUCUCUGAAGAAAGCCCUGCUUCUCGGCUCGCAGCAGCUGGCGGACAAAAUGGCCGUGAAGAAAGCUUUCAAAUAUGCUGAUAAGGGGUGCAGGCUGGAGGAGGAGCUGUCGGAGGAUCAGGGCAGCAGACCCAGCUCUCACCAGGCCGUGGAGCUGACCGAGCAGCUGGGGGAUCUGUGCUGCAAACUGGGCUGCUACAGCAAAGCUCUGGACGCCUACCGGGCUCAGCUGACAGCUGCUGAAGCUUUGGGGAAGCCGGAUCGAGAGCUGGCCGUCAUCCACGUCUCCCUGGCCGCGACCCACACCGACCUGAGGCAGCACCGCCAGGCCGUGGAUCACUACAGGAAGGAGCUGGCGCUGCGCCGCGGCAACGCCGCCGAGGAGUGCAGCACUUGGCUGAACAUCGCCGCCGCCCAGGAGGAGAGCGGCUGCAGCUGUGAGGACGUGGAGAGCAGCUACAGCUCGGCCGUUAGCUGUGCUGAGGCGUCUGGCCAGGCCCGGCUGCAGAAGCGGGCGCUGCGGCUCUGGCUGGCAUCCCGGCGGCGGCGCAGCGCGGCGGGCGAUGAUGCGUUGGAGGCGCAGCUGCAGCGGCUCUGCGCCGCGGAGAGCUGGGACCCCGAGGGGAGUGACGGAGAGGAGGAGGAAGAGGAGGAGAUGGAGAACAGCGAAGCUCUGGAUGACAGCGACGUGGUUCUGUCAGACUCGGACGACGAUCUGGACGGUUACGACAAGAUGGUGUCAGGAAGAAGGAAGACAGGAAGGUGGAACAAGAGGAACGAGAAAGGAGAGACGUCUCUGCACAGAGCGAGCAUCGAUGGAGACCUGAGGCAGGUGCUCUACCUGGUGGAGCAGGGUCACCCGGUGAAUCCCAGGGAUUACUGCGGCUGGACGCCGCUGCACGAGGCCUGCAACCACGGUCACCAUGACGUCGUAGCCAUGCUUCUGGACCGCGGCGCUAACAUCAACGACCCCGGCGGCCCGCUCUGUGAGGGCGUGACCCCGCUGCACGACGCACUCACGUGUGGAAAUUUCAAAGUGGCUCGGCUGCUGGUGGAGCGAGGCGCCUCCGUCACGAUCCGAAACGCAAAGGGUGAGACUCCGAUGGACACUCUGCGUCUCUGGCAGAGGACGUACAGGAGGGAGCUGGACGAGGAGACCAGGCAGGAAUGUCUCUGCACGGAGAAACUGCUGAGGAAGGCGGCCGCAGGAGGAGUUCCUGCUGCUCCGGCUGCAGCCAAGCCGUUUGAUGCCCUGCAGGACAGCCAGCUGUUUGAUGCAGAGAACUCAGAGCCCCUCCUGGCCACCGGAGGGCGCUCUUCGACAAACCAGGACAGAUCCAGCCCCAGGCAGCGGCCGAGCAGCGGCACAUCGAAGCAACACAGAGCCAGAGGGACCGAGGGCUCUGUUUUAUACGGGACGUCCAGCAGCAGCUCAGACGGCAGCGACUCCGACAGCCCAGUCAGUCCUCUCCAUCCCGUCCGUCCCAGACACGCCAUCCCAGCCGCUCCGAGUCAGAAGGAGAAUCCCUCAACCCAGGAGCCGCUCAGGACCGAAAGCACCAGAGAUCCCCCUCCGCCGUGCGUUUUCCAACGAGACGAGUACCACAGCGCCAUCCGCAGCUUGGGCAGCGCCAAAACUCUUCGUCAGGCUCUUUCGCAGCCGCAGGUCUCCAGCUCGCCGACUGUUUCGUCCGCUCUGGUUCUGGAGGAGGAAUAUCUGGCGGACGACUGGUUGGAGGAUGAUCUGGGUGAGAUGCAGCCGAAGAAGAAGAGACGGCUUCGAAUGGAUUUUAACGAGUCGAGACGGGAGGAAGCGGCUUCGUCAUCGGUUAGAAGUCAGAAUCAUCUGAGCUCAGAGUCGUCCUGCAGAGGCGCUGUAUCGAGCUCGUCCAGCAGGGGGCUCUCUCAGAGGAAGAACGGCUCGCUGAAGCCUCACCAGGUCAAGAUGACUCAGAUGCCAGGGAUGGUGAGGCUGGGCACACGAGAGGUCAGCAGGUCAAACAGCCCCUCAGUUGCAGACGACGAAGACGUGAGGCCCGAAGCUCCUCCACUGGUCACCUUUCAGCCUCCAGCUCCUUGUUCUGCUGCUCCCAUAACAGCAUCACUGCCUCCACCAAUCAGGAUGAGGGUCAAGGUGCAAGAAGAUGUCUUCCUCAUCCCAGUUCCACAGAGCGAGGCGGACUCCUGCACCGUGUCGUGGCUUUGUGAGCAGGCGGCUCAGCGCUACUACCAGAAAUGUGGCCUCCUGCCACGCCUCUCGCUGCAGAAGGAAGGAGCGCUGCUCUCUCCACAGGACCUGCUGCUGGAUCUGCUGCAAACCAACGAGGAGGUUUUGGCUGAAGUUUGCUCCUGGGAUCUCCCUCCUCUUCCUGAUCGCUAUAGGAAGGCUUGCCAGAGUCUGGCAGUGGACGAGGACAGACGCGUCUCCCGGCUGUGCGAGGUCCAGGACGGCGGCCAGUCCGUGUCGCUGUGCGGCCUCAGUUUGGCCCCCGCCUCCCUCAGCCCUCUGCUGCGCGCCCUCAAGCUCCAGGCCAGCCUCACCGAGCUCCGCCUCUCUGGGAACCGUCUCCAUGACAACCUCCUUCCGGAACUGGUCGCCACGACGAUCACCAUGCCCCACCUCCGGGUGCUGGACGUUUCGGCCAAUGGCAUAACGAGGGAGGGGCUGGAGAAGGUUGUGGAGGCGCUGAAGGGACAGAGUCACCCUGCAUACGCGGUAAACUGCUUCAAGAAGCUCGAUCUGAGCCUCAACCCGCUCGGAGACGGUGUGUCCGAGUCUCUGUCCUGCCUGCUGUCCAGCUGUCCUCUGCUGUCCAGGUUGUCUCUGCAGGCCUGUCGGCUCACGGCCCGCUUCCUUCAGCAGCACCGCCUGCUGCUGGCCGCCGCGCUGACGGGACUGGGCCACCUGAAAUCAGUGUCUCUGUCCCACAAUGCACUGGGCUCCACUGGCUUUGAGCUGGUUCUGAAGACUCUGCCCCUGCAGACGCUCACUCAUCUGGACCUGGCCGCCAUCCGCAGGGGGCCAGCUGAUCACCUGGCUCUGGAACACCUGGCCAAACUCCUGUCCCAGGGCGAGUGUCCUUUGAUCCACCUGAGUCUGGCAGGAAAUGGACUGACGGACGGCAGCGUCGCCAUCUUGGCCAGGUGUCUGCCUUCAUGUCCAACCCUGAGGAGUCUGGACCUGUCAGGAAACCCGUCCGUUUCCUGGUCGGGCCUCCACAGCAUCCUGACGUCCGUCCGAGAGGCUUCUCGACCUCUGACCCUUCUCAACCUGCAAGGUAGACAUCAGCCUGUUGUCAUGGUUUCUGGUCCUUGGAGCAGCGAAGAGCUGGACGGUUUGUCCGAACUGGUGCAGGAUCUCCGGCUUUGCUCCCAAGGAUUGAACAAGCUGGACAGAGACGCGCUGAGGCACAGCUGGGGACUCCAAGAUGGAGGCUGUGUGAACCGAAACGCCCAGUUUCUGCUUUCUGCAGCAGCAGCAGCCUCAUCAUGAGGAGGCGCGUUUCACUGAAAAUGGACGAUCCUUAGAGCCAGCUGUGGUGUCGACUGUAAAUAUUUGUGUUAAGUAUUGUUUUGUUUGUUCCUUAUACACUAAAUAAUGGAAACUUAAAUUAAAAAGCAAUAAAAAUCCAUUUAUUUCCA